AUGUGGUCGUUUACUACCAGAACCGGAGAUGUCAGUGGAUUCGAUGCGUCAAUGGACUUAACUAAAUUCCAACUUUUUGUAUCGGUCACUGACAUAUUUGACACAUUUUUCUUCCACCGUUGUAGGGAUUUUUCAGCGAGAACCUUCCUUCUCUUGUAUAUAAGGGAACCUCUCUGUGCUUUUAACUUGUAUAUUCUUUUAUUGUUGUGUCAAUACGGUCAGUUCUCGUGUCCAAAACGGUGGCGAUUCUUCCUUACCUUUCUGUGUUUUUUCUUUGUUGCUGUGCGAAUGCCUUUAGCCACAGCCUCAUUCAUAGGAUCCACAUUCUUUCUUGAUUUCCUUAAUUUUUACACCAUUGUUACACUAUACACUUUUCUAAACUUCCGUCAAUUUGCUUUGUUGCAAACAUAA